CGAGUCUAGUGCGGGCUCGAGUCUCAUCCUCGCGAUUCUAGACGGCCCGAAAAUUUAGCGCCCGGUCGCGGCGCAAAACUACUGCCUGUUUCUCGGCCAGUCGUGAGUCUCGUUGAAAAAGGGGUGGUUGGAGAAUAAUGUUCUUUGAGCAGUGAGCAACGCACAUCAUGGUCGUCGCGAAGCACUUCACGCAGGGCUCGAGCCCCGAGUUCGGGGUGCCGGAUAUGACGGUCAUUAGCGAUAUCGACGAGACUGGCAUCAAUCGGAAUCUUCAAGUCCGAUACGAGAGGGACCAGAUAUAUACAUACACAGGAUCCAUACUCGUAGCUGUAAAUCCUUACAAAGAGGUCGACUUUUAUACGAACGAAUACGUGAGUCGUUAUCAUGGACAAAAAAUGGGUGCACUCGAGCCACACGUUUUCGCGUUGGCCGAAGCAGCUUACAGAUCUCUUCAAGAUACGAAAAGCAAUCAAUCCUGCGUUAUAUCUGGCGAGAGUGGUGCUGGAAAAACCGAAACAACGAAAUUCAUCUUGCAGUAUUUAUGUUCGGUGACUAGCAACGUCGACACUUGGGUGGAACAACAGAUAUUGGAAGCCAAUACGAUUCUCGAAGCUUUCGGUAACGCGAAGACCGUUCGUAACGACAACAGUUCGAGAUUUGGAAAGUUCAUGCAAGUUUGUUUCGAUAGUAAAUGGAUGAUAAAGGGUUGUAUCAUACAGGACUAUUUGUUGGAACAAAGCCGUAUUACAUUUCAAAGUCCCGGAGAACGGAAUUAUCAUGUACUUUAUCAAUUGGUUGAAGCUGGCACAAGGGACAAGGAAUUUGCUGAACAGUACAAGCUUAUGCCAGCGAUUCAUUAUAAAUAUCUUAAUCAGUCUGGAUGCGUUAAAAUUGGAGGUAUAUCGGAUUCAAAGAAACUCGAUGCGUUGAGGCUGGCUUUUAAUGUUUUACAGGUUGCACCGGAAAUGUGCGAAGGAAUAUUCCGUGUACUAUCAGCUAUCUUAUGGUUGGGUAAUUUGAAUUUCGAAGAUGUUGACGGGGAGAGAUGCGAAUUGAGGGAAGAGGAUGACGACAUAAUCGAAACGGUGGCACCAUUGUUAGGUCUUCAAAUCGAGGAUCUAAGGAAGGUUGUAUUGAUACGACAGAUCAACGUACGUGGUAAUAUCACCGAAAUACCUCUUAAAGUGCAAGAAGCCAAAGAAAAUCGACACGCCAUGGCCAAAGCAUUAUAUUCCCGAACGUUUGCUUGGCUUAUAAAUCAUAUCAAUAAUUGUACGAAUCCAGGACAAGACAGUUCGAGAUUUCUCGGUGUAUUAGACAUAUUUGGCUUCGAGAAUUUCGCGGUAAAUAGUUUCGAACAACUCUGUAUUAAUUAUACCAACGAGAAACUUCACAAGUUCUUCAAUCAUUACGUUUUUGCAUUGGAACAAGAGCUCUAUCGUCAAGAAGAGAUUCAAUAUUCUCACAUAACGUUCACCGACAACACUAUGUGUUUAGAAUUGAUCGAGAAACCACCUAGAUGCGUUUUAAAAUUGUUGACCGAACAAUGCCAUAUGCCGAAGGGUUCCGAUCUCGCGUAUUUAACUAACCUACACGCGGAAUUCGAGAAUCAUCCGUGUUACGUGAAGGGUGACGAUCGUCGCAGAUGGGAAAAAGAAUUUGGGGUGAGGCAUUACGCCGGUUGCGUAACAUACACCGUAGAAGGUUUCGUCGAAAAGAACAGGGACGUACAGCAAGACGUAUUUUUCGACUUUAUGUCCAGGAGUACAAACGAAUUCGUCCAAGAGAUAACGGUUUAUCAAGAUCUCUUAGGAUGUACCGUAGCCCGUGCAACUGGUAACGCUGCAGCAACCAUGUCUCGCGGAACGUCAAAGGGCAAACCUACAUUAUGCGAUUCCUUUCGACAUCAAUUACAGGCUCUAGUUGACGUAUUGCAAGCAACGACGCCCUGGUACGCACGUUGCAUCAAACCUAACAUGGAAAAAGUAUCUAAUCAUUACGACGAGAAACUCGUACUCGAUCAACUCAAAUACCUUGGGAUGUUGGAUAUAAUUCGUAUAAGAAAGGAAGGUUUCCCUAUACAUAUGGGCUUUCACGAUUUCGUAGCUAGAUAUCGAUGUCUUGACAAAGGAAGAAAUUUGUUGUCCCGUGACGAGAGGGAAGCUGUUAGAUCAUUGAUAAGUAGCCAAGGUAUACCGGAAACCGAAUGGCAAAUUGGUAGGACCAAAGUAUUCCUUCGGAGUUAUGUACACGAACCUUUGGAAGAUUCGAGGAAUCAGAUGGUCAGCAGUAAUGCUUUGAUGAUACAAAAGAUUUGGAGAGGCUACGUAGUACGAAAGGAGUACAAGAAGAUCCGCGAGGCUGCGUUAAAAGUUCAACACGCGUACAGGGGCUGGAAAUUGCGCAUAAUAUUUAUUCGUAAACGAAGAGCUGCCAUUAUUAUACAGAGUCAUUUGCGAGGUGUUUUUGCUAGGGAAGUAGCUGCGGCUUUGCGCGAAAUGAGACGAGUGGACGAAGAAAUGAGAAAGAGAGAGAGAUUGGAGGAAGAAAGAAGAUUGAUGGAGGACAAGAAGGCAUUGGAGGAGAGUCAAAGCGCGCAGUACAAUGGUAUUGUUGGAAUGGAACCAGGAAAAGCACAAGAGGAGAUAGCUACGUUGACCCAAAUGGCAGAACAGAUGAAUUCUAAGAUAGCUGCGUCGGAUUUGCAGUCGGUCGAUUUAGACAAUUUGUUUUCCUUUUUAUCGGACGUUCAAUCGACGAAAAGCAAUCAGAUAAUCGAGGAAAUCGGUGAACAGAUGGAUAAUCUCGUAGAAGAUUUGGACGUCGAAUUAGAAACGGUGAUACAGCAGGAGAUGGAAAUGAAUUCGAAGAUCGAAUCGAAAAUGAACACACCUAAUGGCCAAGACGUUACCCCGGUACAGCAGGCACAACGAAUAGGUGGAAGUACGGGAAAAUUGGGUCAACCGAGUCUUCCAGAACCAACCGAACCACCGCCACCUCCGCCACCACCUAUUCCUCCGUUGGCAUUGAACGGUGACUCCUCGGCUGAUAACGGAGAGCCGAUAUACGAAUCUGUUUUACCGCGAGAAGAAAAUGGGCCUAGUAGUCCCAUCAUGAUCAAUGGUAGCCCGGGACAAAUGAACGGUGACUCUUGUGGCUCCCCACCACCAGUACCGAUUAACAAAAUGAAGGAACAACUUGCUGGUAGUCCCCCGUCGUUAACAGAAUCACAAAAUUCCAAUGGACAUCAUCUACAUCACAAUCAUCAUCAUCAUCAUCAUCAUCAUCCAACGCAAGUACCUCAACCCCAACAAAAUGGUCACGAUCAGCAACAACAGCAACCGUUGCAGCAACAGCAACAACAACAACAACAACAGCAGCAACAACAGCAACAGCAACAAUUGCAACAACAGCAACAACCGCAAGUACCUCAGCCGCCUAUCGAAAGGGAACAGAGAAGGAAAUGUAGGGUGGAACGUAAAUUGCAAGAACUUGAGGACAAAAGAGAACAGGAUAUCGAAACUACGUAUCACGAUAUCGUUGAAUUUGCACAGAAUUAUUUCAAUAGCCAUGAGAGAUCACCGGAAGGAACUAUAAUGGCUACGCUUACGAGAAAAUCCCGAGGGAAGAGUGUGGAAUAUAUACCAAAAUACGAGAUGGUUACCUAUUACAAAGGAUCUAGUAUACCAAAUUCUCAUAUUCAUAUGUACGAUCCAGAUAACGUUAACGUUGCCUGUUCGGUAUUCAGGGAUUUAUGUAAAUAUAUUCGUGGUGAGAUGAAGCUCGAUUUAGAAAUAGCAACUAUACAAAGUAUCAUCGGAUAUGGAAUAGAAAGGGAAGAGUUAAGGGAUGAGAUAUUUGUACAGUGUAUGCGACAAGCAACUAAUAAUCCUAAUCCCGAGUGGGCCGAACGCGUAUGGUUGUUGCUCUGUUUGGCAAUCGUAGCGUUUCAACCCAGCAAAUUGCUUUACAAAUAUUUCGUAUCCUUUCUUAAGAAGAAUUUAGUAUUGGAGGGUAAACUUAGACAAUACGUGCAAUGGUGUAUCGACAAUUGCAAGAACACGAAGGUUUCCUGCAGACAAUAUCCACCUUCUACGGUAGAGAUUGCUGCUAUGAGACGAUUGGGUACGAUCGUAUGCCGAUUCUUUUUUCUCGAUGGUAGAACAAAAGCUAUCGACGUACAUCCAACCGAUACCGCAGCCGAUGCCGUAGCCAAAUUAGCUGAUAAAUUGGGCCUUAGAUCGUUAGAAGGUUGGGCUAUCUAUCAAAGCAGGCCGGACGGUGAGGAACAUGUCAGAGCACACGAUUAUUUGUACGACGUGAUCGCUGCGUGGGAAAUGAAGCAAUGCAAAUUGAACACAUCUCAAUCAACGUUCUCGACGUUACGACGUGGAAAUAACGCAACUUUGGGAAGCGGAGACAAUCGUUUCGUAUUUAAACGGCGACUCUUCCGUAACACGCGAGAAAUCUCCCAAGAUCCUGUAGAAGUGAAUAUGCUCUAUGCUCAAGCUGUAUAUAACGUUGUUAAGUGCGAUGAUUUCCCAGUAUCGGAGAAAGUAGCUUUACAAUUGGCAGGAUUGCAAGCUCAGGUAGCAUUGGGUGAUCCAAAGGAUAACGACAGAUUAGAUUAUUAUAGCGAGGUCGAUAGCUUUUUGCCGUAUAGGAUCAGUCGGGCUCGUGGAGAUGACGUUUGGGUACCGAUCAUAGCUCAAGCUCAUAGACAAUACGGAGCUGGUCGAAAAGAAUUAGCAGCUAAAGUCUUAUAUCUAUCUUGUGUAAUGCAAUAUCCGCUUUAUGGUACGACUAUGUUCAAUGUCACGUAUCGAGGAUAUUGGUCCUAUGGAAAUCAAUUGAUACUGGGUAUUAAUUGCGACGGUUUAAUGUUGAUCAAACCCGACGAUAAAUUCGUAUUGUCGGAAUAUCGUUAUCAGGAUGUUGAAAGUAUAAUGUUGGAUCCAAGUGACUCGUUUAUAACGAUCUCCUUGCUACGACACAAUCCUGACAGUUCACACAAGUGUUUCGUAUUUGAGACGGCGCAAAAAAAUGAAAUAGGUAGUCUGAUCGUUAGUUAUUGUCCUGCUUUAGCGGGAUGGAUAACCGAGAACGAAGUUCCUACGAAAAAAUUCAAAGGUAUCACCAACGAGGAUCGUAUAAGGCUUUAUCAUAAUUUGGUCAAUUGUCGGCGGACAUUGGUCGACGGUGAGAUAUUGAGAAAACCACAAGAUUCCGGUGGUGGUUUUCUGAGGAAUACAUUGAGGAGAUUAUCCAAACAUAGGAUCGAAAAGUUACGACAAGAACACGGUAGCGCAACCGAUCACGGUGAAACCUACAAAGGUUUUCCUUAUGCAUAUUGGGCCUUUAGCAGACAGCCUAUACCACAGAGUCUUUCGAAAUUGCCUGAUCCGGACGAACAAAUGGCACUUAGCGUCUUCCAAUUGAUCUUAACUUACGCUGGUCUAGGACAAAAUGGCGAUACCGUUCGAAGGGUCGAAGACGAACACGUCAACCUGAUACAGACGGUCAUGGAAAGGUGUAUAAGAAAGGAAAAUCUUUUAGGAGAAUUGUAUCUGCAAUUGAUCAAACAAACGACCGACCAUCCUGAUCCAAACAGUCGUGUCAAUUUGAGGCAUUGGGCAUUGCUCUCGUUAGCCUGCUCGGUUAUUCUACCGCCGCAAAAGAUCAUUAGGAAAUAUCUUAUUGCCCAUUUGAAACGGUGCUCAAGCGAUUAUGUCACCGAGGAAGGUAAAUAUGCUAGAUUCGCCGAAAAAUGUCUUUACAAGACCCAAGGAACUAGAAGAAGACAAUGGCCACCUAGCAGAGAGGAGAUCAUGUGUACGAUCAAUCGUAGACCGAUCUAUGCUAGAUUCCAUUUCAUGGAUGGACAAUAUCAUGCCGUUGAAUUUCAUCCGUCCGCUACCGCUAGAGACGUAAUGGAGAUAAUCAAAGCUAAAAUUGGCCUUGAAGAGACAGCCAUGGGUUAUGCCAUUUACGAGGUAUUAGGACCUACCGAACGUGCUCUUAUUCCCGAAGAAAAAAUAGCGGACGUAAUGUCCAAAUGGGAACGAUACAGAACAGCUAGUGCGUCUCAGCAAGGUCAACAGCCGCAGAGGAAACACGCGCAUCACUUUUUCUUAUUCAAAAAACACUUGUUCCUCGAUCAGUAUAUGAAUCUUGAUGAUCCAGUGGAAAAGGAGUUGCUUUAUCAUCAAGUACUUCACGAUCUUCGCGCUGAUCGCUUUCCAAUUACCGAGAAGGAAGCCAUCAUGUUAACAGCUUUGCAAGCACAAUUGGAGCUCGGUGAUUGUCACGAUGGCCUUGCCGAGCAAGAAUAUAGAACGAUAUCGAGUCACUGCCUACCAUCAAGACUGGUACCAACUGUUUGCAUAGAAGGAGUACUUCAGCAUCAUCAAUCUUUACGCGGAAUGACACCGCCGGAAGCCAAGAAAGCCUUUUUAAAUUUAAUACAAUCCUGGCCUUUGCACAGGGCAACGAUCUUCGACGUGAUGCAAUCAUUCACUUCGAAUUGGCCCCGAGUCCUUUGGCUUGCAGUCGAUCAAUUAGGACUUCAUUUGCUCGAACAUCGUUCGAGGAAUACUCUUUGUACUUACGAAUACAGUAGUAUUCUCAGUUACAAUCCCGCAGUUAGUAGCUUCAUGAUUAUCACCUGUACCGAUAAGAAACAGAGCAAGGUUAUAUUAACAACUUCGCAGGCACACCAAAUAGCUAAUUUAAUACGGGAAUAUAUGGAGGUGUUGCAAUCACCUCCGGAAAUACCAAAGAGAGAUUCAGCGAUAGCCCAAUCGAUUGCUCAGCAACAAUACCCACAAACUACUGCGAAUCUUCCGGCUAAUAAUACUGGUCGAAAAUCACGACCUGCUUCGAUGUUACACAGAGGUGCACCGGUUAUACAAUCUCAAGCUAGCUAGAAUGUUUUGUUGAUCUUAUAUCAAUCGAUUAUGGAUGGACAAUUUUCAGCGAAGCACCUUUUAAUCAGCUUUCAGCUAUUUCGUAUAAGGGGACCGGAAAAUCGAAAGUGAUAUAUAUAUAUAUAUAUAUAUAUAUAUAUAUAUAUCUGUGUUGUAUCUUUUUGUUUAACGAAAGAUAUAAAUAUGUCUAUGAGCUUUCGUUGUCAAAGUGCCAUAAGUUUUGUAACGUUAUUAACAAUCUUGUUGUUACGUUACAUUGGUAGUGCACCGCCUAUAAUGUGCCCGGACCAAAUAUGUAUUUUCCUUUUUUUUUUUUUUAUACAUACAUAUAUAUGUAUAUAUAUAUGUAUGUAUGUAUAUAUGUAUGUAUGUAUGUAUGUAUGUAUGUAUGUAUGUAUGUAUGUAUGUAUGUAUGUAUGUAUGUAUGUAUGUAUGUAUGAUGUAUGUAUACAGGGAUAAAAAAAAAAGAGGGAACUGAAAAUCCCUAGUUGAUUUUUAAAAAUCGAUUGUAACAUUUUACGAGACAAUUUGUUAGACUUGCCUAAUUCAAUUAGGAGUUAAUUACUAUAAAUCUAAAUUUGCAAUCUAAACAAGACAAAAUGAAAAAAAAAAUAAUAGUAAACAAGAAAAAAAAAUUAGACUAAAAAGUAUCGAUCGAAAAAGAGUAAUUGGAUUUGUAAAAUCAUCUAAGGACUUUUGUCGACUCAAGCCCUCAAACUCCACCCUGUAUAAAGAAUCUUAUAAACGCGACUUCUGUAUUUCGAUCGCGUCGAUCAUUGUCCUCUGUUAUUCUUUCGGUGCAUUUACGACGAUAGAGGCAAAACGCAUUAUCGUGAAUUAUCAGGUUCCAUGUACUUUAUUCAAAUAUGUGCCCUAUGCGACGAAAUUAGUUUUAAAAAUGUGAUUAGUUUAUUAAUUUUUUGUCGAGGCCUACGAAAGACGUGGAAUACGAGACAUAACUAUAUUAUUAUAGGAAAUGCGGUAUAUAAUCAAAGAAAGAGAGAGAAAGAAAGAAAAGAAAAUGGAUAAUUUCUUUCGAUAUUUAUUCAAUUUAGAUUUAGUAAUUCUGAAUCCUGUGAGAAGAGAGAGAAAGAGAAAGAGAGACAUCGUCAGGAUAUUUAUUAGCUCUACCGCCGGCGGAAUGUAGAAAUGUAGCGUGACAACUAUUAUACGAGUAAAAAAUUAUCUUAACUGC